AUGGGGAACUACGUUUCUUGCGCUUUAUCAAACCCUUUGGGAUCAUCAAAAACAACCAAAGUGAUUCUCGCCACCGGAGAAAUCAGGAGAUUCCAGGAACCCAUCAAAGCGGCUGAGCUGAUGCUUGAAACUCCAAACUUCGUCGUCGUAAACUCUAAGUCACUCAAGCUCGGCCGCAGAAUCUCUCCUCUAAAUGCAGACGAAGAUUUAGAGUUGGCCAACGUAUACGUCAUGUUUCCGAUGAAGAGAGUGAACUCUUCGGUCACCGCAGCUGACAUGGGAGCUUUGCUUAUUGCUGCUAAUUCGGCAUCCAGAAAGGGUUUCGCAGGAAAUGUAAGGAUCUUGCCGGAAACUGAUGAAGAGGAGAAUGAGGAGGAAUGGUCAAUGCAGCCGAAUCUUAACUUGGAUGAUAUCGAAGAGUUUUCAGCUCCAGAGUUUAUGCAUAGGUUAUCCAUGACAAGGUCCAAGAAACCAUUGCUAGAAACCAUAGCCGAGGAGCCUAUUCGUGCCGAAUGA